AUGCGUACCCAAGGAGCAACCAACAGCAACAGCCCCGAAUCCGACCGACUGAAGCGAUAUGGAUCAACAGCUGGUCCCAACGAGAAGUGGACUCCAGGGGGAAAAGCCCUACGAAAAGGACUCUCUUGCUCGCAUCCUUUCCACCCUGCCCCAAAAUCCGUACAAACACGCCGUACUUCGGCUCAUAAUAAGAACACUACCAUUACCUCUUACCUUGCAUUUGAACUUCAAUUCGUCGCACUUUUCCAAUGCCGAUGGCGGCUUCCUGUUGUUGACUUUUGGCAGCAGCUGCUGGCCAGCCCCCGGAUAUUAGUGAAGCCUUCACAUAGAGGCACCAAGAAGUGCGCAGCUGCGAAAGUGGCUGCGUCAUUCCCGUCUAAUCGAGCAUAUGAUGACAUGACCACAAUCGCAACCAUCAUCCUUUGGACCUUCAUCCUUCGAAAGGGCCUGAUGGCAACUGCCACUACUUGGUGCAAGAUCCAGAAUAAUAAGGCUGUAGAAGCCAAGGGAGAAGAUGAAUAUGCAACUGAAUCGGAGAGAAUGCAUUCCGAAGAACCCGCGUCGUUGAAAUGUCAGGAAUGCCCUAAAGCAUUCCUCAACAAGAAAAAGUUGAAGGAUCAUCAAAAGGAAUCUUAUAAUCUGACCUGUAAUGUUAGGUUCAUUAAUCCCCAACAGAUCCGGGAAAAACGACAGCUUUUCCGUGUUGGCGGUGUGUUUGCAUGCCCUUUUUGUCCCAAGGCUUUAACUUCAACGAAAGGAGUAAAAAAACAUGCAUGUUUUAGUCGAGGAAUGAUUGACGAUGAUGGCGAACUCGGCAGCCAAGGCAAACCGGAAGCUGUUUUUGGGAAAUUACCUAUGCCAGAAAUGUCAACUUCCCAAACAUCGAAUAUCCCUCGGAAGAGAGGAUUCGAAGCAAUGGUACUUAGAGCUCUUAGCCAAAUUGGAGGUUCAGAGCGCGAAAGGAAAAGAGCACUUUUUGCUGUUGAUGAUCUCCAGCUUCCCCCGAUUACAUUAAAGAAUCAUGAGCUUGGGAAAGAAUGGGUUGUUCUUGGUCACAGAUCAGUCCGCAAUGACCUCCCAACUGACAGACCAUUGGCGACACUCAUCGACCCAACCAUGCUCCCGAAUAACCCUACGAAGACUUUAUGCAGCAAUUGUUCACCUACUCCACCUGUCGGCUUGGAAGGCUUGUUCAAGACCUCACCAUAUUCAGCACUGCUUCAAAAGUUGAAUUUCAUUGAACUGACGACGUCAAUUUGCGAACUUCUAAAUGAUGACUGGGUUAGGCAUCCGGAACUGAGAUUUGCAAGUUGUAAAGUCUUUGCCGGGUCCAUUUUACUCAACUCAGCUAAUGACACGAAAUUAUAG